AGAGCAAGGAAGGCCCGUUGGUAGAGGAAAGUUGUUUAUCAUGACUCAUAAGAAAAAAGAUGGCUCGUAUAUCCAUCCCCAUGCGCGUGUUGUUAGUGAAGCAAUUGCGAAUGUUGAGAGGCAGGAUGGAUCCUCUAAGCACCUUUCACAAAAUGACUCGCUAGCACAAGUUUUCGGAAAGGAGCACCCAGGACGAGUUCGUGCCCUAAGUGCUGGACCAUGUUUCACCCAAGUCUUUGGUAACGCUGCUGGACAACCGUUGGGUUCUGCAGAGUCCAAUGCGGAGGAUAAGAGGAUGAUUGCAGAAUUGACAGCUAAGCUAGAAGAAGAGCAGGCGAAGAGACAGUCAAUACAUAAGGUCUUGGGAUAUGUAGUCCAACAGUUAGGAGGCAAUUUGCCAUUUGAGAUUGCUAAAGAGCUGGCUUUUGUGGGCGGUACACCGGACUCGUCAUGCGCAGGGCCAUCUUCAUCUGGUAAUCACGACCCGCAACAAAAAUUUUGAAUUUCAAUUAAUGGUCUUGGAUACUUUUACAUUUAAAUAGGUUUAGUACGUUAUGUUUAUUUUAUUCGACUUGAGCAUUCUUAGUUUAUUUUGGAUGAUGUUAUGACAAUUUCGUUAUAUAUGUUAUGUUUGCAUUCGUUUAA